AUGAAUUCAACUCGAUGUGCGGUUUGCAAGUAUUUCAGACGAAGAUGCCCUUCGGACUGCGUUUUCGCACCUUAUUUCCCUCCCGAUAACCCGCAAAGAUUCACUUGUCUUCAUAGAAUAUACGGCGCUAGCAACAUCGGUAAGAUGCUCGAGGGAUUGCCGAUGCACCUACGAGUGGACGCAGUGGAUUCGUUGUAUUACGAGGCCAAAUGGAGAAUACAAGAGCCGGUUUACGGGUGUGUCGGAAUAAUAUCGUCACUGCAUCGACAGAUACAUAUAGCUCAAAGCCAACUAGCAAAAGCUCGAGCGGAAACUGCUUUUCUUCGUGUGUCGUAG